AUGUAUUCUAUUUGGCCUGUGAUUCUUAUUCCGUACAAUCUUCCUCCCUGGCUAUGCAUGAAGCAAACAUCUUUUAUACUAUCUAUGAUUAUUCCCGGUCCUAAAAUACCGGGUAACGACAUCGAUAUUUAUUUGGAUCCCCUGGUGGAUGAGUUGAAGCAACUCUGGGACGGUGUUGAAACUUAUGAUGCUAAUAAGGGGACCAUUUUCAAGAUGUGUGCGGCGCUAAUGUGGAUUAUUAGCGAUUUUUCAGGGUUGAAAAAUUUAUCUGGGUGGAACACGUACAGUGGGUUAGCUUGUCCCACAUGUAACAUGGACGCUAAGGCUCAUCGACUAACAUUCAGUCGAAAAUGGUGUUACAUGGGCCAUCACCGCUUCUUGAAUCAGGGCCAUAAAUAUAGAGUAGACCGGAAAAGAUUUGACGGACAAGUUGAAAGCAGAGAUCCACCGAUGAAGUAUUAUGGAACAGAUGUUUUAAGGCAGCAGUCUAACUUGCAAGUAUCGUUUGGGAAGAACCCAACUCUGACAGCCAAAAGAAGAUGUGUUGAAAAGAAUAUUUGUGACAAUGUGGUCUACACUAUUUUAAACGACAGCGUCAAAUCAAAAGAUAAUCUUAAAGCUCGCAAAGAUUUACAAAGCAUGGGCAUAAGGCCUGAAUUGUGGCCGGACGAAGGUGAUGGUUACUCGAGCAAUAUUGCUCGUUGUGUUGACAUCCGGCAGCGCAAGUUGUAUGGGUUGAAAAGUCACGAUUGCCACAUUCUAAUGGAACAAUUACUUCCAAUUUUGGUGAAGAAUGCAUUGCCAAGUCCGGUAUCGAAUGUGAUUGCGAAUCUGUCCUCAUUUUUCCGAGAACUCUGUGGAAAAGCUGUAAAUCCUAUGCAGCUUGGUGCCCUUCAUAAUCAUGUUGUGCAAAUUCUGUGUCAGAUGAAAAUGAUAUUUCCUCCAUCUUUCUUCAUUGUCAUGGUUCACCUUAUGGUGCACCUCGUUGAUGAACUAAAACUUGGUGGCCCGAUACAUUAUCGGUGGAUGUAUCCAAUAAAAAGGUACUUGGGACGAUUGAAGCAAUACGUGCGUAACAGGGCACAAGCUGAAGGCUCAAUUGCGGAGGGCUAUUUAUCCGAGGAGAUUUUGACAUUCUGCUCCAGAUAUUUGGAUAAUACUGAGACUAGAAUCAACCGUCCAGCGCGAGUUGACGAUCGACCUGUUGAUAUUACAAACAAUACAGGAUGUACUAUGUUUCCUGAAAUUGGAAAACCUUCAGGGGCUGUAUCACAUUUUGCACUGACCCAAAUGGAAAGAGAUCAGGCACAUCGUCAUGUGCUAGUCAAUUGCGAGGCCGUCGCUCCAUUUAUUGAGUCAGAAACCAAGCAAAAAUUACAGGAUCAAACAAGGUCGCACUCUAAGAUAGACCGUGUUGUGCAUGCAGAAUUUCCUCGCCGGUUCAAGCGUGAGGUUCCAAUGGACAGUACCGUACAUUCGAAAAAAAUGAAGUUGCUGGCAUGUGGUCCCAUGCUUCAGGCAAGACGGUUUGGGGCAUACAACGUCAAUGGGUACAAGUUUAGAACUAUCACAAAGGAAGACGGGCUAAAAACACAAAAUAGUGGAGUUUAUGUCUCAUCCAAUACAAGAAGUUAUGCCAGCAUGCGUGACAACAGGUGGCUGUUGGUACUUGGUAGUGUUCCAUAUUAUGGAUCAAUUGUUGACAUCAUCGAACUGAACUACAGCUGCCAUUUCACAGUGGUUUUGUUCAAAUGUAUUUGGGCUGAUACAACUACGAGCAGAGGAAUCAAAGAAGACCAUCUGGGUCUUACGAGCGUUAAUUUUGCUCGUCCAAUUCACACCGGUGAUCGAGAAGAGGAUGAACCGUACAUAUUGGCAUCAGAAGCUCAACUCGUGUACUAUGUACGUGAUGAAGUAGAUCAAGAAUGGAGUGUAGUGGUUCAUGUAAAACUACGAGACUUGUAUGACAUGGGAGGAGAGAAUGAGGAUGUUGAAACUACUUUUUCUCCUCAGCCCGGGUUGAACAUAUCAGCAGCAGGUGACAUCAGUGAUUUACAGUUGACAAGGAAAGAUGAUAUAGAAGACCCAGUAGUAGAUGUUUCUGAUAACAUAGAUUAUGUGGCAUAG